ACCUGCUGAUAAGCCAGAUACAGAUACAAAACAGCCGCAGUUCGUCCGAGUCCCAGUCGGAGAGUUCGCAGUCGCUUUCGGACUCGGGCUCGGUCUCGGAUUCGGGUUCGGACUCGGGUUCGGAGUGGGGUCCACGCCAUGCGUAGUAAUGUUUGCCCGGUUGUCCCGGUCCCGGUCUCGGGCCGCUCUGCGCCUCUGCUCUCGCGGUUUCAAUGCCAUUGCAUAACGAGUGUCAUAUGUGCGAACAUGUGUACAUCCGCGAUAUGUAUCUGCCGAGUGCUCGAAAAGGGCGCGAAAAAGCGACGAGCAGGGCAAACAACAAGUUUUUAUGGUUCUUCGGAGGCGACUGUUUGGGUUUGGGCCCACAGGCAUGGGUGGACCGUCCUGGGGGCGGCUCUGCCCGUCGGGGGGCGGCUCUGCCCGUCGCCGCCACCUGCAGCUGCAUUAUGCAAAUGUCGCGAAUUGCGUAGCAAACGAAGCAAACUUUUUGCUUUUGUUUUGCAUUAAUUUAUUCCGGUUCCGCGGCAGUGCAAAGUUGAAGCUCACACGUGAAGGGCGUUUUAUAGAAAACAACUUUAGCCACGCUUUCCCAACGCAGAACAGCGCAGCUCGGAUUAUGCUCCGAAUACUUGUGCCUCCUCCAGACUAAACCAGUUCCACGGCUUUUGGCAACUUUUCGAUGAGUUCCGACCGGUGAUGGUGAUGAUACUCGUCUGCCAAGUUGACAAAGGCCCGAAACGGUGACCAAUAACAGCUCGAAAGCGAAUCCAAGCAGGCUAAAAUCAAAUUGCUCUUUAUCUUUUGCAAAGACACAACAACGUGGGCUCGCAGAUGGGCUCAGUCCUUAUCAAAUGGUAAACCUGUGUACCUACAUAUAGUACACCCAAAAAAUAGCAGUUGCCAAGCAUGAUAGAAAACAAAAACAAAAAUCAAUUCGUCAUUACAAGAAACUGUAAGCAAUCAAUUCUAAACUUUUUAUGAAACAACGUAAAACCCAUAUUAAAAGCUCAAAAACCCCAAACUAUUUACGAAAAAUAUUAGGUGUUGCACAUUUCCGGUUAAACAUACUUUUGAAUUAAGUAGCCUCUGUCUGUAUCUAUUACUUAUUUUUCAUUUUAUUACUCACCAAGAAAACAUCUGUAAACUUCCGAGAAGUUUGAAUGAAUAAAAUGUAUGAUAAUGAAGGAACGGAACCCACUGCGUAUUAUAAGGUCUGGGGGUUUCUCACAUAUGGAGCAAUUUUCCCCAAGACAUUUCCAGCCACAAACUGAUUGAGCCCACACACCUAUUAAACACAGCCCCUAAUACAAACCGUCAUUUAUUUCAACCAUUAGCUUAUUUAACCCUAUCGAUUUCUUAUUCAGGCGAAGAAAAGAAUGGCUCAAUUAAAUCAAUUAAGCCCGGGAUGGCAGAAAUCAGGAGGAGUGCCCAGCCGCGACUGCAGCUAUAUAUAUUCCUGGGCCUGCUGGCAUCGGUGUUUGCUUCAUUACCGGAGGAACGCAGAGCAGCAGCGGAAGGUGAAUCAAGGAUGGAUGUUCUAGGACUUUCGCCGGGCCAGAGAGUCAUGGCUGCUGUGCCCGCCUCAGGCCGCACGAGUUUUUUGCUGUACCAAUUAGCCUUGGCCAUAAAUUCAGCCGGCCUGGAAUCGCCGACGCGGCAGGAAGUGGAGGUGGUCGAUGUAGUGGAGACCCAGGAGCAGUUCCUGCCGGCGAGCCCGGAUACCAGCUGGCUGGCCGCCAUGGCCAAUGAGUUUCAGAGUGUGCCGGUGUACGAGACUUUUCCGGCGGAUUUGCAGAACUGGCUGAUGGAUGGGUACGGAAUCAGUGCCACGGAUGUCUACCACAGCUGGAGCAGGGCAGGAUUGGGCGGAAGGAGCAGUCCGCGCACCCAGCUGAUCUGCACUGCCGAGGGGCAGUGCUACGAGGUCAACAAAAUAGUCACCGCCUGCUGUCCGUUUUGA